GUGGGUGGGGGCUGCCUGUGUUGUAACUGCGGCUCGGAGUGUGUUGCUUGUAGCGAGUUGUAUCAGGUGCGUUGUAUCCAUUGUAUCCUCGCGCGCGCGCGCGCGUGUGUGUGUUUGUUGCAGAGGCGCGGGCAAUGGUUACAUGGAUUGUAGCCUCAGCAAUAGUCAUCGCCCUGUACAUUUUGAUCUACUACAAUUUCCUGAGCGGGGUCCCGUGCCGGAGCGACACGUCGCUGAAAGGCAGGACGGCGAUAGUUACAGGUGCAAACAGCGGGCUGGGGAAAGCGACGGCGCUAGACUUCGCCCGCCGGGGAGCCCGUGUCAUUGCGGCUUGCAGGAGCAAGCAGCGGGCAGAGGCGGCAAUCCUUGACAUCAGGAAGAAGAGCGGCAACAACCAAGUGAUCUACAUGCACCUUGACCUGGCGAGCCUUAAAUCAGUGAGGGUUUUUGCAGAGACCUUCUUGAAAUCAGAACCACAUUUACAUUUGCUGGUUAACAACGCAGGUACUGCAGCAAUUGGCUUGACUGCAGAUGGAUUUAAUGCUGCGUGGGGAGUCAACCACCUGGGUCACUUCCUGCUGACCGGCCUGCUCUUGGAUCGCCUGAAGCAGUGUGCUCCGAGCCGUAUCGUGGUGGUCUCCUCCGUGGCCCACUGCCUGGGCAGAGUGGACCUGACCGACCUCACCACCCCGACAGCUGGCUGCGUCGGCCGCAUGCGCACCUACAGCGCCAGCAAGCUGUGCAACGUGCUCUUUGCCAGGGAGCUGGCCAACCGGCUGGAGGGCACCAACGUGACCAGCUACUCCAUGCAUCCGGGCUUUGUAUUCACUGAUGCGUUUUGUGACUUGGGCAUCGUCCGUAAGCUCCUGUUCCUCCCCAUCGCCUUCCUGUUCUUCCGAACUCCGGCCGACGGAGCUCAGACCAUCAUUCACUGUGCGGUGCAAGAAGGCAUUGAGAAGUUCAGCGGCAGGUACUUUGCCGACUGCGCGGUUCGGAAGGUCUCUCCUCGCGCACGGGACGAUGCGGUAGCCAGGAAAGUCUGGGAAGUCAGUGAGAGACUCGCCGGGCUCCACCGCGACUAACUCCCAGACAAACGCCAGCAAAUUUCCCAAUCCCUCUGAGCAACUUUCAAAACAUCUCUGAGAAAACAUUUGAAUAUUUACAACUUUUUGUACAAUUUUGAAGAAAAAAAUUGUGUAAAAUUAAAAAAACUAAUUUAAAUAUAAUAACAAGUAAAUUAGAUUUGAGUUCCAGCAGAUGCCUUUCAUUCAUGUGUUUAAUCUAAAAAUAUUUAAACUGGUUUAUCACAAUGUUUGUCAGUGGAGUUUGUUGCUUUAAAAUUUUGGGGUGGCGCAGUGGUAGAGCUGGUGCUUCACAGCGCCAGAGAACCCGGGUUCGAUCCUGACUACGGGUGCUGUCUGUGCGAAGUUUGUACCUUCUCCCCGUGACCUGCGUGGGUUUUCUCCGUGUGCUCUAGUUUCCUCCCACACUCCAAAGACGUACAGGUUUGUAGGUUAAUUGGCUUUGGUAAAAUUGUAAGUUAGCCCCAGUGUGUGUGGGAUUGUGCUAGUGUGCGGGGAUCGCUGGUCGGCGCAGACUUGGUGGGCUGUUUCCACGCUGUAUCUCUAAAUUGUAAAAGUAGUACUGACUAAAAGCACGAUCAUUUUUCAAACAGCUCUUCACAUAAUCCACUCUUCCUUUUCCUCUUAACAUUUGAUCAACAAAGUCCACCGACAAACAUUGUGACAAACCGGCUGAAGCAUUUUUUAGAUUAAACUCUUGAAUGAAAGAUUUACCCAUUUAAAAAAACCAUUAAGCUUCAUCCUCUGCAAGUACUCGCAACUAAUUUGUUUUUCAUAUUAUAAUCAUAUAUUUUUAUAUUUCUGUACUUCUCCCGCGUGACGGGAGUGUCCCGGAGAGCCAUGCGGGCCCGAUCCACCCGUCAAACAACUGCGCCGCCGACGACCGAAGACUGGAUCGCGCCCCGGUAGGCCCGACUCACCCACAGGCCUCCCAGGGGUCUGCGGUGAAGCCGGGCGGUGAGGCCUGUCUGGGCCAAAGGAGCCUCAGCGGUGGCGGCGAUGGGAGCCUUGGCAGUGGGAGCCUCGGCGGCAACAGGAGCCUCGUGGCGGUGAGGCCUCGCGAUCGAUAAGGGGGAGGGGAAGACAAUGGGGACCCGGCAUGGGGGGACCGCCGUAAGGGAUGGUGGGGACCCUGUGUGGGGGAGGGGAGGCACUCUAGAAUUCUCCGCCCAGGAGAUAAGUCAGUGUUUGUUUGUUCAUUUGUUCCGGUGAAGGAGCUGUGCACACGGCAGCCAGUCAACAGUCACUUGUCUUUUUCUUUUGUUUUCACUUUUAAUUUCAAGUUUUCGUGCACCUUGUGUGUUGUGACUGUCGGCAGAACAAUUUCCCUCCGGGGAUGAAUAAAGUUUUAUUGUGUCGUAGCGUAUAUUAUCGUAUCGCUAAAAGUAAUCCAUCAAAGUUUAGUUUCCAGACACAGUGUGAAAGCAUGCCAUUCGGGCCCACUGAGUCUGCACUGACCUGCGAUCACCCGGGUUCGAUCCCGACUACGGGUGCUGUCUGUAUGGAGUUUGUACAUUCUCCCUGUAACCUGCGUGAGUUUUCUCCGGGUUCUCCGGUUUCCUCCUACACUCUAAAGUCGUACAGGUUUGUUGGUUAAUUGGCUUGGUGUAAAUGUAAAUUGUCCCCAGCGCGUGUAGGGCAGUGGUUAGUGUACGGGGUGAUCGCUGGUCGGCGCGGACCCGGUGGGCCGGAGAGUCUAUUUCCACGCUGUAUCUCUAAACUAAACUAAACCAAUUACUCUGAGGGCUUCUUGUAGAGGAUAUUUGUCCUUAAGAAAAUGUAUCGAUCUUUAUGACUCAGUCCUUUCCUCAGUGGCUGGUGGUGUUCGGUUAACACCCGUUCAUCUCGAGAAAUCUAAAUAGUUUAGGAUUUUGUUCCAUUUUCUUUCUACAGUAAGUUGGUGUCAUAAGAUGCACGGACUCAAUAAAAAGUAUAAAGCAAAUGCCUUAAUCUACAUAAAAUAUACACAUUUUUUUUUCAUCCAAUCCUUGCUAAACCUGACAAUGUGAAUAGUGAAUAGGUUACAGAAAUAAUAUGCUAAUAUGAGCGAUUACAGUUUUCAUAUUUUUACUAUUUUGUGAUUAAUGAUCACUCUUUAAAUUGCAUUGCAAAUAAAAUGAUUGUCUGGCAGCAGCUAAUCAUCGUUGCUUUAAUAAACAGAAGUUGUAUAACUAGAUAUUUCGGUCUAAUAUGUCUGCUAUCUUCAUCCAUUGAAGUUAAAUAAAGGCUGUUUGUAUUUUAAAACUU